AUGCCCCAUCCUGUGAGGAAACCCACGAUCCUCAUCAUCCCGGGCUCUUUCUCUCCUGCACAUUUCUACUAUGGCGUAGUCAACAGCCUGAAAGAAGCAGGCUAUGAGGCAAUCGUCUACGACCUGCCCUCGGCGAGCCGCAAGCCUCCCCAAGAAGCAGCCACACUCGCUGAUGACGCCGAGUUUUUUCAUCACAAAGCUUCUCUGCUCGCAGACCAGGGCAAGAAGGUAGUCUUGGUGCCACACUCGUACGGUGGUCUGGUCGCCAGCGAGUGUGUCAAGGGCUUGAGUAAAGCCGAGCGUGAGGCGGCGAAUAGACCGGGUUGUGUGAGCAAGGUCGUCUUUCUGACAUGCGUCAUCCCGCCCGUGGGCGAGUCCCUUCAAUCCUUGAUGGGGACAUUACUGCCGGAAUUUAUCAAGGUCGACGGCGACUUCAUGUACCAUGAAGCCACCGGUUCCGCUCGAGUCAAUCUAUCAGAUCUUCCAUACGGCAAGGCUAUCAAGCUCGCGGCUCAAUUCUCUCACCAUUCGACGCCCAGCUUCCAGAACAAGCUUACCUAUGCUGGGUACAGAUACAUCCCAAGCGCCUUCAUCGUAUGUGACCAGGAUAUAGUCCUCCCACCAAGCUUUCAGAAAAGUAGAGUCGAGCUGUUGAAAAGAGAGAGUGGGACGAAUGUGAAGGUAGUGCAUUGCAAGUCUGGACAUUGUCCCAACUUGAGCAUGCCUGAGACCGUGGCGGCUUUGGUGCAGGAGGUCCUGGAAGAGUAA